GGUUAGGGAUGUCAUUUUAAUAGUGUGUCAGUGGGAUUAUUAAAUAAAAAAUUCAGUGAUAAAGUCGUCCUGUAGUAAAGUGUAUAUGGGUUAACAUACCCAAAUAAUCGCGUGUCGUCCCUUUAAAUUCUAUAUAUUUUCUGGACAGUUUUUGUGCAAUAUUCCACAUACCUCUGUUAUGUAAUUAAGUACUCAGUGUUCAAAUGUAGUGAAUAUGUUAAUCACAUUUCGUGAAAAUCAAACAUCCUAAAUAAUUCUAAGGUAGUCUGGCUACCUAAAUUAGUCAAAUAGAUAGUUUAGAACACACCAUACACCAUGGGAUACAACUUGGACUGGAUCAUGCCUAGGCUAAGGAGUCCAACAACAUUUUGGAAAGUGGCUAGUGCACUGACUGUGUGUGCUGUGGGUCUCUUUAGCAAAAUUUUAAUCCGUAAUAAUUUAUUGAAUAGAGCCAAAGUAUACAAUAGGAAUGUAAUGAGUAAUCUACUUGACAAUAGGCCUAAGCAUGUUCCAUUAAUCACAGUAUCUAACCAUCACUCAUGUUUUGAUGACCCAGGAAUGUGGGGUACCUUAAAACUAAGACAACUCUUGAGCCCGAAAACAAUGAGGUGGUCAUUAGCAGCGCACGACAUUUGUUACACAUGUGCGCAGCAUGCCCACUUCUUCAGCCUUGGUAAGUGUAUACCUGUCGUCAGAGGAGCAGGGGUUUACCAAGACGCCGUCGAUUUUUGUAUAGAGCAGCUCGCUAAGGGCGGGUGGGUGCACAUUUUUCCAGAAGGUAAAGUGAAUAUGACAAAAGAAAACAUGAGACUGAAAUGGGGAGUCGGGCGAAUGAUCUACGAGGCUCCUGUGACGCCGAUCGUCCUUCCCAUCUGGCACAUAGGCAUGGAUGACGUCCUUCCAAACGAACCUCCGUACGUACUGAAGUUCGGUAAAAACCUCACCUUCAACUACGGUGAACCACUAGACCUUUCAGAAAUGGUCCAAGCGUUAAGAGAAAAGAAAGCGACGGAAGAAGAAGCCAGGAGACACAUAACAGAUUUUCUCCAAGAAACGUUGUUAAAACUUAAGGACAAAACUGAGGAGUUACAUCGAAAAAGUCACAAGUUAAAAUCGUGAUAUUAGGCUGUUAUUAGUGAUAUGUAAUUUGUAGGUGUCCAUCUAGUCCAGGCUGUAUGCUUGCCUCCGUUAGAUAAAUUAUUCCGAUUCGUUUUUUGCACAGACUUACUCAAAAAGAGGUCCUUAUAGCAAAUCCACAUGGUACCAGGCGGUACCGUCGGAAAAUCGUUUAAACAAUUUUUUUAAACAAAUUCAAAAAAUCAAUUUUUUUACUUCGGACAAAGUCCGAGUAGAAUUUUUGGGUUAUUCUGAGCAAAAAAGGUCUUUUGUGAUUGUUUUCUAAAAUUGAUUGUUGUAGAGUUAUACGCGAUUUAGAAUUUAAAAAACGCGGAAAUGGCCAUUUUUAAGGCUUAAUAACUCGGUUAAAAAUUGUUAUUAUGAAAGUCAAAAAGUGACCAAAUCAAAUUUUAAAGCCCCCCAACAAGAUCCUGAAGGAAUUUUUGUCAUUAUUUUAUUACAAAUCUGUUAUCUUUAAUUAUUAACAAUGAGAGAUUUGCGCGUAUUGAGCGUUGAAUAACGUUAGAAAUAACAUUAGAAAAAAAAAACAAUAUACUUGCCACUAACAACACCAAGCGCCAGAAAGUAAUUUAUCAGGUAAUAUUUAUGUACCAAGUCACUAAAGUGACUCUUUAUCGAACGCGUCUGAUAUUACGAGCAGAGAGAGCGAAGCGAGCGAGGCGAGUAACCGACGAGUUCGAUAAAGAGUCUUUACUGACGUGGUGCAUACAAAAUUUUAUCGCCAAUCGCAAAAAACAUAAAUACUUACUUAACACUUACUUAAUUACAUCAUCCUUCUAAUGAAAAAAAAAAGCGUGUGUACUUUGUACACACUUAAUUAAAGAAGUUAUACUUCUGUUAUUAUGAUUUCAACGAAAUAAAUAAUAUUUUAAACAGUUAAAUUGUAUUUUUUUUAAAUAUUAAACUAACUUUAAUACUUAAAAUAAUACCAGAAAUUGAAAAUAACGUUAAUAAUUACGUCAUUUUCUAUAAACUGUAGCCUACCCGCAGUUACUUUUCCCUUGAUGAAUCGUAGAAAAUCUAAAUAAAUAUAUUUACUAACAAAUUGUCACUAAAAUAUCUUAUCACCGUAGUAUAUAUAAUCGAAUUAACAAAAACACAAUUUCACACUUUAUUUGCAUUAAUACCUAACUUAAAAGAUUUAAGAAUUUUUUAAAUUUUAGAUGAAAUGAAAAUUUCGUGUGACAGUAAUGACAGAAUCCUUUUGCAUGAUGGCCGGUUUCGAUGUUUAAUCGAUAGUUGUUUAAUCGAUAAGUAAAUAAAUUUUUAGUUCACUCAAAUAAAUAAUCGAUUACUGCCAUCGACCACGUUCAAUCUCGGUUAAUUUGAUUAAUAAUCGCGGCAGGUAAAGGAAAAUUCUUCUUUCAGUACAAUAAAGUGUUACUUUAUUGCCGAAAAUGAGGGCAAAUGAGUACAAUAAUGAUUGACUUUAGCGACGGUUGGCGGUAAUAGUUAUUUAUGUACCAAGUCAGUAAAGUUACUCUUUAUCGAACGAGUCUGAUAUGAGCAGAGAGAGCGUAGCGAGCGAGGCGAACAACAGACGAGUUCGAUAAAAAGGCUGUACUGACGUGGUGCAUACAAAAUUUUAUCGCCAACAAUUUGAUAUUGGUUUUAACACUUACAAUUUACAAUUUAAGAAUUUUUUAAAAUUUUUUAACGUAAUAAUAAUUUCAUGACUGAUGACAGAUGACUUUUGCACCAUGGCCGCUUUCGAUUUUUAAUCGAUAGUUGUUAAUAUUGAAUAAUCACUAAAUCAGUAAAGUUUUGAUUUAUUUUAUGUGUGUGUGUGUGUGUGUGUGUGAAAAAAUGGCUUGGAUGCGGGUCCGUUAACCACAGAUUUUUAUUUUAUUUUUACCUCAAUUUAUUAGUUUUGUUAUGUUCCCACCUAUCUGACUCAAAUGACUAUAUUUGUUUCUUUCAAGUAGUUUAUGAGUAAUUUAAAUAUUUCCAUUUUAUGACAACUUAAUAGAUAUUCUAUACUAAUUGGAAAGUGAACUUGUGAUUGUCGUAAAUUGUAAUACAAUUGAUUUAUAUAUCUCUCGUUAAUUUUGCAUUCAAAGAAAAUAUGGUUCAAAUCUCUAAUCGAAACAUUAUCACAAAAACAGACUGAUGAAUUAACUAUUCCUAAUUUGUGCAGAUGUGCCUCAUAUUUUCCGUGUCGAGUUUUUAAUCUGACGAUAGUAGAAAUAUCUUGCUUUGGCAGGUUAUACUUAAAUAUGUAUUCAGGUGGCGGAGGAAGUUCUUGAUGUAAAGAAAAAUAUAAAUUUUUUGAUAUGCUUGAAAUAUUUUUCCAUUGUUUUUUCCAUAUUUUAUUUAUUCUAUCUUUGACGUCAUUUAUUGCAUCUGUCGAUAAGAUCUGAGUUAGGAUCUCACCAUUUUUUAUUGCAUCUUUGGCCAACUCAUCCACUUUCUCAUUACCCAGUAUACCGGCAUGCCCUUUUGCCCAUAUAAAUACUACUUCCACUUUAGACAAAUUAUUUUUUAUAUUACAUCAAAUUUUUGAUUUGUAUGAAUUAAAAUCAGUGUUUUGAAUUGCAUAUAUUGCAGAUCUGGAGUCUGUUAUUAUCACAGCUUUUUCAAUAUUAUUCUCUUUGAUCCAUUCUAGAGCUUUUUCGAUGGCUAUAAUCUCAGCUGUAAAAAUACUACUAAUACUAGAUAAUUUAUAAUUAUUAUGUUGAUGGGUAUUUUGCACAUACAUAGCACAUCCUACUCCUGUUUGAUUUUUAGAACCAUCUGUGUAAAUUACUGUAUAAUCCACAAAGUCGCUCAGUAUAGAUUUUACUAAAAUAUUAUUUAAAUGAUUUGAUUCUGUAUAUUUAGGAAUUAUGAUUUUUGGUUUUUUUAUCAAAGUUUUAUACGGAAAUUUAUAAACUGGUAAUAAUUUACUGUUGUGUAAAUCUGUAUAAUUCCUGGUUUCAAUGAAUGCAUCUGUUAGUGGUGGUGAAUAUGAAUAUAAUUACAAAAUACUACAGAAUUUAACUUUUUGACAUACAUUUAAUUAACAAUGUUGGCGAUAAUAGUUAUUUAUGUACCAAGUCAGUAAAGUUACUCUUUAUGGAACGAGUCUGAUAUUAUGAGCCGAGCGAGCCUAGCGAGCGAGGCCGAGCCAAGGCGAAUAACAGACGAAGUUAUAACGAGUUCGAUAAGGAGUCUUUACUGACGUGGUGUAUACAAAAUUUUAUCGCCAGCAAUUUGAUAUUUUUUUAAUACUUACUUACAAUUUACAAUUUAAGAAUUUUUUUAAAAUUUUAGAUGUAAUAAAAAUUUCAUGACCGUGAUGACAGGUGACUUCUGCAUGAUGGCCGCUUUCGAUUUUUAAUCGAUAGUUAUCAAUAUUGAAUAAUUCUGAAUCGGUAAAGAGUUGAUUUAUUUUAUAUGAAUAUAAUUACAAAAUACUACAGAAUUUCACUUUUCGACAGCAAUUUAAUUAACAAUGUCGUAAAUUUUGUACAAUAUUUUUAAUAAUUAAAGUAAAUAAAUUGUAAGUUAACUCAAAUAAAUAAUCGAUUACUGCCAUCAACCACUUACAUUCAAUUCCGAUUAAUCGCGGCAGGUAAAGUAAAAUUCUUCUUUUAGUACAAUAAAGUGUUACUUUACUGCCGCAAAUAGUGGCAAAUGAGUACAAUAAUGAAUGACUUUAGUGAUGGUUAGCGAUAAAGUAAUUUAUCACACACUCCUGAGUGUGAAAAAGGCAUUGAAAUAUGCAUUUCCGCGUUUUUCAAAUUUUAAAUCGCGUGUAACUCGACAACCAUCAAUUUUAGAAAAAAAUCACAAGAAACCUUUUUUGGUCAGAAGUGCCAAAAAAUUUAAAAAAAAUUUGUCAGAGGCGAAAAAAUUUAUUUUUUGAAUAUGUUUAAAAAAUUUGUGUAAUUUUCCGACCGCGGUACCGCCUGGCGGUAGAUUUUAAGUAAGUUUGUGCAAAAAAACCGAAUCGGAAUAAUUUACCUGACGGGGGCGAGCAUGCAACCUGGACUAAUCUGAAAUGUGGUUUGGCUUCUAUUUCAUUUUAUCUUUACAUUGUUAAACUUUUACCAGUUAUCUUUUAAAAAAGAAUUUUUGUCUUUUUUCCUUGUUGUUUUUUCUUGGGUCUGCCGUGGUUAUGUAGAUAGUAACUUCCGGUUGAUAUAAGAAAUAUGUCAACUAAAUAUUAUAAAUUGCAUUUGAAUUUUGACUUACCAUAUCAAAUAUGGGCUUUAACGUAUUCGACUUCUUUAUCAACUUUACAAGUGAAUUUGUGGAGUCUUCUAAAUAUUUUAAAUAUGGUGGAAUAUUUUUACAUUUUAAUUUAAUACUGAAACUGUAAAAACUACGUUUAUUUAUGACAAUAUUGAAUUUAAACAAACUGCUUUAGGUAAAUGAAUAUAACCAACUUCUUUUAAAUGUUUACCAUUUGAAGGAUAAGUUGUCCUUCGCGUCGUUGCGCACUUAUUAUUACCAUAUUCAUGGUAGCGCUCGGCCGAGCGUGCGCUUGACUUAAUUUAUCAUAACUUUUUAAUGAAUUGGUCAAAUUAAAUUUUAGAAAUUGGAAAUGAAAGAGAAACAAUAAAGCUAUUUAAUAGUUAUAUUACAAAGAAAGAAAUAUCAUGUGCAUAAGUACAGUGUGAGCGGAAAGUGGGACUUGCAUGAAUUUUGUUUAAAAAUGAUUUAAAAAUGUGUUACUAAUAAAAUUUUACGUAUAAAACUCUCAAAUUUGCACAAAUUACUUUUCAAACAUCGUACUAAACAAUGUUCCAUUAAAUUUUACACGUCUCAAAAAAUGUGAUUUCCCGAAAUGUUAAAAUAGAACUUAAAGUCAUACCUAACAACAGCAGACCUUAAAUUAUAGUAAAUUAUUUAUAACAAAUAUCUCAAUUUAAUUUUGAGAUGUUGUAGAUUGUGAUAUUGACGGAUGAUGCAGGGUGGGUCAAUAAGAGUUCUGUUUAACUCUCUGGUACACUACUUUUUAUACGAAGCUUACAUAAUUCGUCACUAAUUUGUCAUAAUAUUGAACGAAGAAUAAAAUGAGCCAACAGAAACA